AUGGAAAUUUUAAUUUCAAAUUGCAUAUUUUCGAAAUGCUAUUCAAAUAUAGGACCUGCAUGCAUGGAAAUUACAUAUCAAGGGCUUUUACCUGAAUCGAGAUUAACAAUUGAUUCAUGUCAUUUUUCUUUAUGUUAUUCUGCUGAAAUAGGUGGGAUAGCAUCAUUAGCACCUUAUAAUUGUUUGAUACAAAAGCUUUGCUGCUCCGGAUGCAAGUCACAUAAGCGUGCAAAUUCAUUUUUUGCUUAUAUAGGGAACGAUAUCAACUUUACUGAGAAUUCAUUGGAUAAAUGUGGUCCAAAAACAGCUCCCGGUGAAACUGAGCUAAUGAUGCUCUAUGGAGGCCUUAUUACAUGCGAAAAUAAUAAUUUGACAAGAAAUUAUUGCAAUGAACUCAGAGCUUUUGGAUGCUUUAGACCAGCGAUUAAUAUUAUAUACAAAUUUAAUGAUCAUGUCAACUCUUCUGCGAAAUCUUUGUUUGCAUUUUUUGGAUUCUUCAGAAUGCAGAUGGAUAUUUCAAAAUGCUAUGUAAUUAAGUGCAGUAUACUUCCUAAUAUCGGUCUUGCAACAUAUGAAUACAUGCAAAGUUUAAUAAUUCAAAAUUUCUACUAUGUUGACACAAAUGAUGAAUUUUCUUUUGUUUCUGUGCUUGAUGUUGCUGCAAAUUAUGGUCCGAUUUUCAUUAAAUGCUUUACAAACAGACCAAAGGCAGAAACUCAAAUAAAUGGAAGUACUGAUUUAUCAAAUGAUGCCAUAUAUAUGUAUUCGUAUAACAGUACAAGGCAUGUUCAAAUUUGCAGCAUAAAUACAAGAAAACCAACAAAAAUUUUGCUGAAAUUAAACAACACGAAGAACAGCUUUGGAAAAUUCAAACAGACUGAAAGGACAUGUUUACCAAUUCCUGAUGAAAACGUCGAAGUCGAAGGCCAAGAAAAAUUUGAUUUCUUCAUUUUGUCUGAAAUUGGUCUUGUUUUGCUUAUCGUUGCUGCAAUAGUUUUGUUUUCAUUGAUAUAUAUUAAGAAGAAAAAGAAAUUAGGAAAUUCAACUCAUCCCAAGAAAGAUAGUCCAGAUUCACCAUUCUUGCAUUAA